UGCCAAGCCUGCCAGCCUCGAAUUUUUUUUCCCGCGGCGAGAUAGUAUCUCGAAUUUUUUUUUUUGCGAAUGGCCCUUAUAGUUAUAGUGUCAAAAUACAUGAACCGCGGAUUUUCUUCACAUAGGUAUGGGUGAUCAAAAAACAUGAAUUAUUCAUUAGGCCUAUUGCUGAACUCCAAUGACCCAGCAUACACACGUGCACACACACGUGAAGAUAUGACGUAGAGUGCAUACGGUACACAGCAGUACAUACAUGUACAUGGUGCCGGCCGGUGCAGGAGCUCGAUGGAGUAGGACUGGACCACGCAUUGGACGCAAACACUUAAGAUGUCACAGUACAGAGUGCUAUAUUUCAACAUUAAAGGCCCAGCUGAUCCGACUGCUGCUGCAUGACCAGGGUAUUGCAUUCACCGAUGAUGUCAUUGACAAGAAAGACUGGCCAGCUAUGAAACCCACUCUGAAUUUGGCAUUUGGUCAGAUGCCAGCUUUUUGGGAUGGUGAUUUCCAACUAGUUCAGACAGGUGCCAUACUGCGCUACCUGAGUCGCAAACAUGGUACAUAUGGAUCCAAUGACACUGAGGCAUCUUUGAUUGACAUGGCUUAUGACGGAAUUGAGGAUUUCUACCAACGUUAUAUUCGUAUGGUGUAUGAUAACUUUGCAAAUAGAAAAGAAAAAUUCCUUGCUGAGAUGGUUCCUAAUGUGAUUCUUCCAACUUUACAGAAACUGCUGAUGACAAAUAAGAACGGUGAAGGUUUUCUUGUUGGAGACAAGAUAUCCUUUGCAGAUUACCAUCUAUUUCAGUUCCUGGAUGCCUUGAUGGGGCUUUCUGCCUCAGCUUGUCUGGAGGCAUUUCCAGUCAUGAAGGCCUACUAUGAACGCAUAAAGGCCCGACCAGGCAUCAACAAGUUCCUUGCCAGUGACCUGAACCAGAAGCGGACUUUCAACAACGCCGGCCAUUAGUACAGUGGCAACUGGGUUAAGCAGAUACUAUUUGCCAACCUACACUGUAUGCAUUGGGUGAGUAUCCCUUUAUUUUCUGAAAAUGAGCAUUAGUGAAAUGUAACUUGUGCAUUGGUAAUCGAGAAUCACUAUACCGAACGACCUCUAUUGCGAAUAUAUUUUGUGGACCCCGUUGCCUUCGUUAACAAAUUAACACCCCUGAACAAGCAGUGUAGUGGUCCAGCACUCCUUGAAGGAUUGGAUAUUUCUCUCCGUAUAAGUAAAUACAUUCUGGAGUUUUUCUGCCUUUCUAUAGAUAUGUACAUGUAGCAUUCCUUAACUUUCAUAUCGCUGUUAUUGAAAAAAAUAUAUAUUUGAAGUCAUCAUGUUCACUAGGGUUCCCUAUCUUUAAUUUACGUGCUGUUUAGGCAUAGAGGAAAGACACAGGAGUUUGAACUGCCCAGGCUGUAACAUCUGGCCAAUUACAGCUUUCUGGCAUGCCUGGUAUGUCCAUAGCCAGAGCGCAGCGAACGCUUGUUAAGCACCAUCUGUUUUGCAACCACGAAACCCCUUUGUACCCUGUGAUCACCGCCGCUAUUUGUUGCUGGUAAUAUACAUCCUUAAAACUAGUGCACUGAGGUGUAGAAAAUUGAAUAGUCAUGUAUUUGUUGGCGCUUGGCAUGAUCUCAUGAAUGACAACAUCAAGUUUUAUGCUUGCACAGUUGCUUGCAUUACACUUUGUGCCCUAAAUUUAUAUGUGCAGUCAUUGCCCUCAGUGACCACUUUCUUCUGGAUUUAUUUUGGGAAUUAAUAGCCAAGUUGUUUAUAAGAAAUUGGGUUUUAUUUGAAUCAUUUUUAUUGUGGCAUUUGUACAAAAGGGUAUUUUAUGAGAUUUCAUGAUCACUCCUUGUUAUGAACUUAACCGUCCAGUGGCGGUCAACAUGUUGUUGGCCAGACUUGGCCAAAUUCGUUCAAAAACUUUGAAAACUGAUGCUUUGGAGAGACAGAAUAAAGUUACAAACAUUGCAUGGAUAAUGGAACCGUGUAUCAAAAUAAAAAAGUUUAUUUACGAUGGCAAAAGUAGAUCUAAUGUUGAAGGUUUCCUGGCCACGGCAAUAAGUUGCAGGUAGCUGCAAACAAAACGCAUCAAAUUUUCUUAGGAUAUUACUGGCCCCACUACGGCUAAGCUGCAAGCAGUAAUCAGGCAAUUUUGGAAUGUUUACUCGUUUGUCUAACCUGGCGGCAAUGCUCAUCGAGCACUUUGAAGUGCCAGAGUUGUAACUCCUGUGUCCUUCCUACAUGCCUAGACCCACCAGAAUCGGAGUUAAACUGCCUGAGAUAUUCCUUUUAUGUCUAACAUGAUUAUUCUAAAUAGUCUCCUUUUGUUUAGUAGUUGGUUAUAUAAGGAUUUGAAUUUCCAGUCCCUGCAGAGUGCCAUAUUAACUUGUGUGGGAGUGGUGGUGUUGAGGAUGAAGCUACAUGUACGUUAAACAUGAUGGAAACUGAGACCUCAAGAGCUACCUGACAAGGAAAUUUACCGAGUGCCCACCAUUUCUGUCAAUUUACUACAUUGUAUUACGAAUUGCCAAGACCCCAGGGUUUUUGGUCUGGCACUCUCAAACUUUUAAUUCACAUGGCAUGCAUUUUCACAGCAUGUGUUGAAGUAUUUUGCCUUAUUCUGUAUGCUUUUCAUUGUUGACGUUUGUAUCACCAUAUCAAGUUUUUCUUGAACUGGAGUUUGUUCAAAAUGUUCGGUUCGCUUAAAUGCGUGCAUUCUGUACAGUUUGGUUUAUAACACGCGGUUUUCAGGCUGUGGGUUAAGUUCAUUUUAAGGAAUGAAUUCCACCCAAAUUUUAAUAUCGUUAUUUUUGUAUAGUUUGAGUCUUGUUUGGUUUUGUUCAUAAUUUUUGUUAUUUUUGUUUUGCUUUGAGCAGUUUGCAAUUUUUUUAUUCCAUUUAAAANAACUUCAUCUGUUCAAUUCAUUUAAUUCAAAGUUCAUUCCUGGUGUUGGUAUUUUGAAGCCUUUUUAGAAUUAAAAUAUGUUUAAAAUUUCUUAAUCAUGA